UUUUCCUGAUAAAAAGACAACAAUUGUUUGUUUUAGGAUUUUAUAAAUCUUUGUUACUGAUCAAUCCUUUUAUCUAACUAGUUCACUGCCUCAUUCAAGAAAUACUUACUGCUACAUGAAUAACUACUUGAAACUGUUCACAUCACACAAAAUAAGGAAUGGACACCUACCGCAAGAUAUUUUACGCCCUUGUCAUAUUCAUGGUAAUAUGCAUUUGUUUUUAUAUUUCUCAACUUGAAUAUAAUCUCAAGAACCUACAAAACAUUUGGAAUUGGACUCCAACAACUAAGCAGUAUGUUUCCUACAGAAGGAAUACCUCUCGAUUGUUUCCAGGUAAUCAGCCUGAAAACGAUCGUAUCGAAGCUCAAAUGAAAUAUGUCCUACCAGGAGAGGAAAGAUGGGAAAAUUAUAAACGGAAUACGCACCAAAAUCAAUCAGAUUCUGAUCGAAAUGUAAAGUUAAAGCCAAUUAGACCAAAGUUUAAAACGUUGUUAAUAUACAGUUUAAGAUAUCUGCAACCAUUGAAGGAAAAUCAAACGAGUUUCCUGGAAUAUAAAUGUCCAGUUAAUGAAUGUUUAGUCACAAACAACAAAGCAAUGCAAAAUAGUGUAGAUGCUAUUUUCUUUUAUGAGACAGUGGGACUAUCACAGAAACCAAACCACACGAACCAAAUAUGGAUUUAUAUGACACAAGAGUGUCCUUUUUUCAACCCAUCAGUGAAACACCUGGGAAAUAAAAUCAACUGGACGAUUAAUUAUCGGCAGGACAGUACGAUUGUAUAUCCUUACGGAAAAUUUCGAUAUUUUAACAAGUCAGUAAGACAAAAAGUACAAGUUCAAAAUUAUGCAACGGGAAAAACAAAGAAGGUUGCUUGGUUCGUAUCGAACUGUCGUCCAAGCAACAAUCGAAUGGGUUAUGCUAAGGAGCUCGGAAAAUAUAUCCAGGUGGAUAUUUACGGUAGAUGUGGUACAAAAGUUUGCAAAAGAGAGGAUAAAUAUAGUUGCUUUGAGAUAUUAAAAAAGGAAUACAAAUUUUAUUUGGCAUUCGAAAAUUCCAAUUGUAGAGAUUAUAUUACUGAAAAAUUCUUCAUUAAUGGUUUGAUAUAUAAUGCUAUUCCAAUUGUAAUGGGUGCCCAUCCUGAUGAGUAUCGUGAAGUAGCACCCGAGAAUUCGUACAUCCACUACGAGGAUUUCAAAUCCCCAAAAGAAUUGGCAGAUUAUCUGCAUGAACUUGAUAAAAAUGAUACUCUUUAUAAUGAGUAUUUCAAAUGGAAAGGAACAGGAGAAUUUAUUGAUACCAAAUUUUGGUGUCGUGUUUGUGCGAUGCUACACGCUGCCGAUUAUUACAAGCCGACAUGGUAUGAAAACGUAUGGGAAUGGUGGGCAGGAAAGGGUAAGUGUAUUGGAAAGGAACGGUGGACAUAAAACAUAGGAUAUUGUGAUAUAAUGUCCAUGAUGUAUUCAUUGAGCGGGAUGAAAUAUAUUGAGAGAGAGAGAGGGGGAGGAAGAGAGAGAGAGAUUGAGUGGAGGCGGCAAAGAUAGGAAAGAGGUAAGAGAACUUGAAAACUGCAAAUUCUCACGAAAAUAAGAAAACCCUUUAAAAUUAUUUAAAAUUUUCGGCAAAGUUGUGUCAUGAUUAAAUUUAAUGUUCCCUUCUUGGGUAAUCUUUCCUUUCGGACUGUUUUUACUUCUACAACCGUAUUUAAACAAACAUAUUGAACAGUGUUUAUUUUUCUUUUCGUGAAUUCGUUUCCAUCGUUACAUGAUUUAUUUCUUUAUGUGUGUCACGUUACAGAGUUGUGCUUAUAUAAAUACUAGACUACCCGUGGGUCACCGGGAAACUCAGUGUUACAGCAACGGAGUUUUGUUUCGUGAGUUUUUUUUCUUUUCCAAGUUAUUUCGCAUGCUUUCAACGAAUGACAUUGAAACCACGCGCAAACGACUCCUUUCCCCCAGAAAAGGAAAGAUUUGGCAUCUAUUUUCGCAUGCUGUGCUACCACGUAACAGGUAUGUCGGUCUUGUAUCACAAAUUGAUGUUGCGUAGUAACGGGACGUGCUAAAAAUAGCAGCCAAAUCUGUAUGUAUGUAUGUUUGUAUGUGAGUAUUUACUUAUGUGUGUAGACGUGUCUGCAUGUAUGUAUAUGUUUAGUAUAUGUAAACUUAUGUUUAUGUGCUGAUACGUGUGUCUGUUCAAGUUGUAUAUAUGACUGUUACUCUGUUGAAUAUUGUAUGUAUAUAUAUAUUCACUGUAAAUAAAACAAAUCGUAUUUU